AUGUUUUUUGAAAGAAACAAAACUGCUCUGCAGAUCAUAGCGUUCAUUCUCUUUAUUCGUCUUGUUAUUCCUCCAGUUAUCAGAGCAUGGAACUGGAGAGAAGAUGAAUUUAAGCUGUUUGAGCUGGCAACAAGCAUGAGCAGAAACCAGACAAAUUUCUAUCAGUGGUUGGGUAUAGAGCCGACAGCAGACGCACUGGAGAUUGGGAAAGCACAUAGACAACUCGUAUUAAAACUACACCCCGAGACGUCCGUAGAGAUGGAUGCCAAGGAAAAGUUUGAAAUCACAAACCAAGUAGCCUACAUGUUGAGGUCCCCUAUGCUAAGGCCUCUGUAUGACUCUAUUCUUGAGGAGGACAACAGUGUCAAGAUUCCAAUGUGGAAGGGAUUUGCAUAUGUGUAUCAGCGCCAUCGGCUGAUAUGUAUGGUCUUAGUUGGAAUCGCAGCCAUGAGUGUAUUGGAAUAUAUCAAGGCAUGGGAUAACUAUAUGACUGAGAAGUUGGCGUUUGAUCAUUUUGUUUCGAAUGCCAAAUUGAUGGCUCAAAAGAUAUCAGACAAGCAUGCAACUGCCAAAACACACAAGAGCUUUAUUGAUCUGGGAAAUCGAACCAUCAAAUGCGAGAUUACGCCUACCAAAGAAAUUUUUAUUUUUAACGAAAAGGAUGAAAGAGUGCCUUUAUCAUCGUCUAACCUCUUACAAAAGCCAAAUAUUAUGAACACUGUUGUGUUGCGCGUGCCAAUUCAGCUUGUAAAGAAGUAUUUGUUAAACAAAUAA